AUGUCUCUGGAGGUAGACCUAUUUCACUAUCACCGAUAUAAUCGAAUUGGAGAUGGUUCUCUAAGCAUUAUUGGAGUCUUCGCAGCUUCAUCAGAGUACGAAUAUGCCAUCCGAUUGUAUUAUUCUCCGGAGCAGCGCCAGUGGCUUGCCGAGUUUGGCCUGGACUUCGAACGUGCCGUAUAUGCAGACACAGUGCUGCGUUUCCUUGACAGGCUAUAUGAAGAAUACUUUUUUUUGUGGCCAGAGGACGUUUCAGGACUGUUCAUAGGAAGAAACCCAGAUAAGGAGCAGCGAAAGAUUGUUUGUCAUCCCUUCUAUCUUGAUUCCUUUGCUAAACCCAACCUACAGGAGAUUUUCACACUCUUUAUUAUGGGUCUGAAGCAAUUGUGGCUUUAUAGUCAUCGGGGUCCACAUAGUUGGAGCCGCAGUGCAAUCAUCAAUGUGCUCGAUGACCUAGAGAACAUGGUCACCCGUGAGUUCCAAAAGAUCCGUCAUGUUUUUGGUCAUCCCCAUGUUAUUGUGCCGUCCUACUAUACUCCUAUUGAAGUCGAUCAUGAUGAGUAG